AUGGUAGAAUCAACAGAGGAAGAACAGGACAAGAAAGCAGAGGAGGAAACGGUUACCGUAGAGCAUACAGUAGAAUCUCCAGUACACGUCACAGCAAACACAGCAGAAGAACCAGUUGAGGCUUCAAUAGAAACAGCAAUCAUUGAAGACGGGCCAGUAAAGACAGUCGAUGAGACAGAAACAGAGGGAAUAACUGAAGCUACAGAAGAACCAGAUGAAGGUGGAGAAACACCUGAGUCACCUAUCAAACCUACAGAGAAAGAAGGAGCAGAUUUAACUGAAACUGCACAAGAACCCGAACCUAAAGAAGAAACUGUAGAAAUACUAGAGCCUAGAGAGGGUUCUGCAAAAGAAGCAGAACAUGCAGAAGAAACUGUUGAAGAGACAGAGCUCACAGGAGAACCAGCACCGGAGAGAGGACUUGUAAAAGAAAUGCCCAAAGAGACGGAACGCACAAGUGAACCAGCACAAGAAGCUGAACUCUUAGAAGAAAUUGCAGAGGAGUCAGUAGAACCCUCAGGAGUACCAGCACAAGCAGUGGAACCUGUAGAAGCAACAGAACUCACAGAAGAACCAGCUCAAGAAGCAGACCUCAUAGAAGAAUUUUCAAAGGAGUCAACAGAACCAACACAAGAAACAGAACUUGUUGAAGAAAUUCCAGAAGACACAGAACCCACCAGAGAACCAGCACAAGAAGCAGGACUUGUAGAAGAAUUUGCAGAAGAACCUACAAGAGGAACUGUACAAGAAACAGAAACAGAAGUAGUAGCUGAUGAUGAUAAAACAGAUCUUGCCAUAACAUCUUUAGAUAAAACACAAGAAGCAGCUGGAGGAAAGCCAUUGGAGGAUCGAGAAGAAGAAACUUCUGAGGCCUCAGAGGAGAUACCUGAGGAAGAAGUUGGUGUUGCCGAACCAGAAGCAGAAGGAUCUGAACUAGACGUUGCAGAGGAAGUCAUCCAAGAGACCUCUGAUGAAGAGAUCACUCCAGUUAUUGUUGUUGUUCCAGAAGAUACAGAGGGUUUGUCGCCCAGGACUGAAGUGGAAGAAACACCUGAAUCAGAGGUAACUGUGGAACUUCCAGGGGACUCUGAGGUUGAAGUACCAACAGAAACCGCCCGGGAGAGUACUACAUGGGCGGCUGAGCAUGAAAGUGAAAUCCCAGAAUCUGAAUCCUUCCCUGAAGUUAAGAUAGAAAUUGUUCCUGAGGCUCCAAGUGAAACAUCUCCAGAAGAGGUAACUCAUGCCCAUCCAGUGACUACCACAGUGGGAGGAGCUACUGAAUCUGAAGAAGUCACCCAAGAAUUUCCUGAUGAGCCAGUCCCUGAGGUUGAGCCUGAAGAAAAGGGCGUCCCAAGUGAGGACAGUGUCCAGGUUGUCCAAGAGGACUUUGAGGGUAUCUCCCCAGAUGUUACAGCAAAAGAUGCAGAGGAAAUCAAGACAGAGGCUCCAGUAGAAGUCACAUCGGAGUCCCUUGAUGAAAUUACCCCAAAAACUGUUGCAGAAGUCACUGCAGAGACUGAGGAGGCCACCCCCGGUGCCACUUUGGAGGUCACGACAAAGUAUGUAGUGGAGUACAAUAACGGCAACUUCCCUGAUGUAACGGAGAGGCCUGAUGACAUAGAUGACAACUUACUUGGAAACAACGGCUUUGGGUUGGAGGAGGAGAACUCAAUUGGUAAUGAGAUAGGCGACACCUUGCUACGCCCCCCGAGGCCCCUGAAGGACCAGUUGGUUGAGCUGAGCGUCAAGCUGAGGGGAGAAACCUACAACGACGCUCUGAGAGACCCGAGCAGCUUCCACUACCAGCAGCUGGCCAAACAAUUCACACGCAGGAUUGAAGAUGCCUUCGAGAGGUUGCCGGGCUUCAAGAACGUCUACGUGGUGGAAUUCAGGCCUCAGAAGGACCUGGAGCGGGGUUUGGUGGUCCUGGUUCACUACGCCAUCACUCUGGAAGUCGACAGCAGCGGCAUCGCCAACGACACGCUGGACUUCAUCUCUCUGCAGAACAACCUGGUGGAGAAGAAUUACCCCGGAGCCGCCGAGCAGCCCACCGUCGUCUACACCAUCACCGACUUCCGUAACUACAUCACCGAGGCUCUGCACAAAGACAACUUCAUGACCAACAGCAGCCUGGAGACAGACUCUCUGCUGCUGGAGAACGUGGAGAACUUGUUACCUGCUGUGAAACCAACGAGCCGACCGGCCGACACCUUCGACAACAUGGAUAACGUCCUCGCUGCAGAGAAGCCGCCCGACGCUCCGAUCCACGAGGAGGACAGCAGCAACGUUUUCAUAAAGAAAGACGACUUCAUGUUCGACCCCUUCGACCCGUGGAAGGGUCCUCAAGGCGGCGUGGUGAGCGAGAACGACGUCUUCAUGUUCGACGAGAGCACAGCUCCUCCACCCGCCGAUGAGUUCCCCGAGAGGACGGUCAACCUGCAAGACAAUAAUGGAAAUAUUGAAGAUGAGGGAUUCCUUCUCAGUAAUGCUUCUCCAGCCGGAGACGAUACCCCCCGAGGGGACCAUGCGGUCGGUCCUGGAGUCUCCUCUGCAGCCACCCUUCCUCCGCCUGUGAAACCUCAAACAGGCUCUGAGGUCACGAUGGACGAAGGGUCUGGCUCUGGUUUCUCUGGAGACGGCCAGGGAGCUGAUCCCUGGUCCUGGCAACCGGCAGCAACCUCUGACAGGACUGGCUUCUACGACAAGGGGGAUGGGAGCCUUGAGGUGCUGCCGCCGCCUGAUCUGGAGGAGGCCGAGGACGAAGAUGAGUAUGAGGAGGCUGUGGCUGUUGAGUCGCCGACCACAGAGAAGGGUGACUCAAUGGCGAUGGAAGUGAAGUUCACCAGUGCUCCCCCUUUGCAGACAACAACAAUUCCUGCUUUCGAGGAAUCAGUACCUGACAGAAGCAUCGUGGAACCUUUCUUGGACCAGGUUUUGGUCACACCACACAUCAGCACAGACCCUCGUUCCUCAACCACCAUUGAAGCACCUGUAUUCUCACCCAAAGGAACCUUGAAUGUGGAACUUUCAGUGCAAACAGUGGAGGCAUUCGGCAUCUACGAUGACUACUCAUUGACCGAAUCACAUACCCUUGCAGCAUCAGUCACAGAUUUCUCUGCACCUCAAGAUAGGACUCGUGAGGCCCCUGUUUUUGCAGGACCAACUGAUUCAGCAGUCAAGCUUCAAGAAACCUCUGAAGAGGUUGAAGUAAAGCUUCCGGGGGCUACAGUUGGGUCUAAAUCUGAAGAAGAUGUACUCGAGAAGGAGGACGUUGAAGUCAUUGUUGGACCUGACCUCACUGAUACUGAUGCUCCCCCAACCGAAGAGUCCCCUACCUUUGUAGAAAUCCAGACAGUCACAGUCAAAGAAUCUCGCUUUGAUGCCGUCACUGAAGAGCCAUCAGAGCUCGAGGUAAAGACGGAAAAAAACAAACUGCCGCUGCCAGAAACCAAAGACCUCAACAAGGUUGAGAUUUUAGAGGACCAACACAUUAUCCAUACUGAUAUAACAACUGCACCUGUGGUUGCCGUCCAAGACCAGGAUCUGAGUGUGGAUGAAGUCAUGGUUGUCACCACAACGGCUGCCGCUCCGGUCCUCAGUUCAUCUGUGAAUUCAGACCGCAGCAGCAUUGCGCUCUCGCCUGAAAAGGACUCACCAUUCACUCGGGUGUCAGAUUCUGCGCCGGAGGAUGAGGAACUGGUUCACCAAGAGCAUCCAAACCACGAAGAUGCUGACCAUAUUCCAGUGAGCAGUCCGACAGAUGUUCCACAUUUGACGCCAUCUGUGGUUGUUGUGAACAAAACAGAAGGUUCUCCAACGGAUGCCAUAGAAAGGGUGCCAGGUGCUGCAGGACAGGAUGUUGGACAGGAAGAUGUUGGUACCACCUUGAAGAAUUCUUCGGAAAGGGAAUUAGGUAAUGAUAUCCAAACAACAACGUCCUUGCUUCAGGAAGUCAACAACACCCCCGCUACCGAGAUCCAACACUUCGAGCACAAUUUUUCUGAUGUGCCAAGUAUCGACGUCAGCUUUGAUGUGUUCCAGUAUGGCAGUGUGGCAACUGAAGGUGACAGCAGUGGCUUCUCCAGUGGGGCUCAGGGGUCGGACAUGGAUGCCAUUGCAUUACCAACCCGACCUGGCAGGGCCCUAACGGUGUUCUUUAGCCUCAGGGUGACCAACAUGGCGUUCUCCAUGGACCUGUUCAACAAGAGCUCCCCUGAAUACAAGGCUCUGGAACAACGGUUCCUAGAACUGCUGGUCCCAUACCUUCAGUCCAACCUGAACAACUUCAAGAACCUGGAGAUCCUCAACUUCAGGAAUGGCAGCAUCGUGGUGAACAGCAGGAUGAGGUUUGGUAAGCCAGUUCCCAGAGGGGUCACCAACGUCGUCUACCUCAUCCUGGAGGACUUCGCCAACACCGCCUACCAGACCAUGAACCUGGCCAUCGACAAGUACUCGCUGGACGUGGAAUCAGGUGACCGGGCAGAUCCCUGUAAGUUCCAGGCCUGUAACGAGUUUUCCAGGUGCAUGGUGAACCGGUGGUCGAGCGAGGCCGAGUGUGUUUGUGACGCCGGAUAUCUGAGCGUGGACGGUCUGCCGUGCCAGAGCGUCUGCGAAGUGCAGCUCGACUUCUGCCUCAACGACGGCAAAUGUGACAUCAUCCCCGGCACGGGCGCCAUCUGCAGGUGUCGGGUUGGAGAGAACUGGUGGUAUCGCGGUGAGCACUGCGAGGAGUAUGUUUCCGAGCCGCUGGUGGUGGGCAUCGCCAUCGCCUCGGUGGCUGGCUUCCUCAUGGUGUCGGCCGGGAUCAUCUUCUUCCUGGCGAGGACGCUGCGAGAGCAGUACGACUCGGAGGACACCGAGGAUCCGCUACGACGGGGUGACAGUGUGCCGACGCUGGAGCGCGCCACCAAGUUCAACCCCAUGUACGAGAGCGACCCGGUCACCGCCCAGUACUACCGUCGCUAUGACGACAACGUGCCCCAGUACUACCACCGCUGCGACCCCGACCACCCCCAUUACAGCAGCUCCGUCAGCGCUAGCGGCUCCAGAGACCUCGGCAGCGACGAGAUAGAACACAUCUACCAGAACACCACGCUCACCAAAGAGGAGAUCCAGGAGCGUCUGAGGAUAAUCGAGUUGUGUGCCAGAGAUCAGCCCUUUGCAGACUUUGUGCGACAGACUCAAAUAAACCUGCCUUCGUCUUUGACUCGUGGAAGGAAGAGGAGUUCGUCUUCUGUCGUCUUGCUGCUGCUGAAGGUGACGAGUCACUGAACCUUUUGGGAGUUUAUUUUCUAAGGACCCUUUCCGCUCUGUUUCAGUGACCCUGAACUGAACUUUGACCUCUGCAAGGUCGCCUGUUCCUCUGACCUUUCCCUUCUCCUCUUGUAAACCCCGUGUUGUUCGUUU